AUGUCCGAGACGGCCCCUAGCGCCACCGACGUCCUCCGUGCCCACUACAUACCAUAUACCUACUGGUACGAGUACGCCCUCCGCCACCACGGCUCUAAAACUGUCCUCUUCUCCGUCUACCUCCUCGUUGACUCAGUCACCGCCUCGAACACGCGUUUGCAAUCCGCCGGAUGGGUUCCUGGCGAGGUCCCCAUGUACACAUCGCAAUACUACGAUCCCGCUAUCGACGAGCAAGUCGUUCUGGAGUACCCCGGAAUCGAGUGGUCUCAUGUGGUCCUAAUGGACGCGCAUACGUGGGCGGACAUCACCCCCUCCGCGGCGGCAGACGACCGCGACCAUUAUCCGACCCUCGUCCAGCUCUACAACGCGCUCGCGCAGCGCUUCCUCGACACGGACUGCUUCGAUCACCGGCAGCAUCUGACCGUCCAGAUCGCGUACAUGUACAUGCACUGUCCCGUGCUCGCCACCCCAGAAUUCCUGGCACGUCUGCCGGCCGACAUACAGCAGUUCCACUUGGACUACCUUUCGGACGAUCUGCGCAUGAACGCGCUGAAGACGGUGGCGCAUGAGCGCAUGAUUCGGGAUCGUGCCCGGAGGGGCGAUUGGCGCCUCAUGCCCGAGGGGUCUGUAUCCCUAGGCGGGCUCCCUGUCCCGCAUGAGCUCGAGGCCCAGUGGGCUGCCGAGAUCGAGAAGAAGUACCGCGACCGUUAUCCGGAGGUCGAGGAGGAGUACGACGACGAGACGAGUACGCACACCGCGACAGCAAUAUUGCCACCUCGGCUGCAAUAGCACCAGUUGAAGCCGGACAGCCAUCCCGCACAGCACUGCGAAUUCUUCAGAAACCGUGCGGUUUAUUCCCGAAGACUUCCAACUGCGAAGAUGGGCGUCGAGAGGAGGGGCCAAGGAGGAUGCUCGGGCGCGAAGGGUGCGACCCUCGUCGUCCGCGCGGCGACGCAGCAUGUGCGUGUACCAAGUGCCCGCGUUCUCUCCGGCUGUCUGUCACUCGCUCUCGGCCACUGCGGCCCAUGCAUAUACAAUCUUGGCGAUCUUGCACUCACC